AUGUCGUCUACUGAGCUUCCGAAGAAGUACAAGGCAGUCGUGUACGAUAAGCCCGGCACCAUCUCGACGAAGAUUGAGGAACUCGAUAUGCCUGAGCCUGGGCCCGGUGAGGUAUUGAUUAAUCUCACACACUCUGGGGUAUGCCACUCAGACAUGGGCGUGAUGUUGAACGCGUGGAAGACUCUUCCAUUUCCCACGCAAGCGGGGCAGGUCGGCGGUCACGAAGGUGUGGGCAAGAUUGUGAAGAUGGGGCCCGCGACUGAGACUGCGGCUGUCAAGGUCGGGCAGAGAGUUGGUAUUAAGUGGAUGGCUGGGAUCUGUGAGACUUGCGAAGCUUGCCGUGCUGGUCACGAUGCGAGUUGUUUCAGUGGGAAAGUCAGCGGUUACUAUACGCCAGGGACUUUCCAACAAUACGUCCUCUCUCCCGCAAACUACGUAACCCCUAUCCCAGACGGCCUUGAUUCCGCCGCCGCAGCCCCCCAACUCUGCGCUGGCGUAACAGUAUACAGCGCCCUUCGAAAAGCCAACGCCGAAGCCGGCAACUUCGUAGUGAUCCUCGGCGCCGGCGGCGGCCUAGGCCACCUCGCGGUGCAAUUCUCCGCGCGCGCAAUCGGGCACCGCGUCAUCGGCAUCGACCAUAGCUCGAAAAAGGACAUCGUCCUCUCAAGCGGCGCCGAGCACUUCAUCGGCAUCGACGAGACGGCCGACGCCGUGGCCGCCGUCAAAGAGCUCACCAACGGCCUCGGCGCCCACGCCGUCCUCGUGCUGACCGCAAACAACGCCGCCUACGCGAAUUCGCUCGACUACCUGCGCUUCGGCGGCCGCGUUGUCUGUGUCGGGAUUCCGGAGCAUGAUCCUGUGCCGAUUAAGAGCGCGUUGCCUGGAGUUAUGGUCGCCAAGGCUUUGCAGGUUGUUGGGUCUGCGGUGGGGAGCCGGAAAGAGGCGAUUGAUACUUUGGAGUUUGCGGCUAGGGGGGUGGUGGGGACCAAGUUUAGGGUGGAGAAGAUGGAGGGGUUGACUAAGAUCUUUGAGGAGAUGGAGCAGGGGAAGAUUGCUGGGAGGGUCGUUAUUGAUUUGAGUUAA